AUGACUUCAGUGACCAGAUCAGAAGACCAGGAACCAGUGACGUCCGGGACUCAGGAUCAUCGACUGCAACCAAGCCUCAACACUUUGGAAGCACUGCCUAGCUCCUCUGCCUCCCUGGAGAUGAUGACUCAAGGCAUUUCAAAGGAAAAAAAUCACCUUGACAGGAGCCCUGAAGAAGGGGAAAGUUGUGAUGCCAACUACCAGGAGAGACUUCACUUGAUGUUUUCUCAUUUGUCCCCUCAAGAACGGUCUGUCCGUCAAGACAGGAGGCAGUCCUGGCGACGAGCAAGUAUGAAAGAAACAAACCGACGGAAGUCACUGGCUCCCUUUCACCCGGGCAUCACAGAGCUCAGCAGGUCCAUCAGUGUGAAGUUAGCAGAAAGCAAGCGGCUUGGUGCUCUCCUGCUCUCCAGCUUUCAGUUCUCGGUUGAGAAGCUUGAACCUUUCUUAAAAAGUAACAAGGACUUCAGCCUAGAGUGUUUUAGAGCGAAAGCAUCUUCUCUCGCUGAAGAAUUGAAACAUUUUACAGAUGGUCUGGAAAGUGAUGGAACUCUACAAAAAUGUUUUGUUGAAGAUUCUAAAGAAAAAGAAGCAGAUUUUUCACUGGAAACAUCAGUAGCUGAAGUGAAAGAAUAUAUAACAAAGUUCUCCUUAGAACGCCAGGCCUGGGAUCAGCUCCUGCUACAGCACCAGCAGGAGGCUCCGCCUGAAGAGACGCCCAGAGUAUCAACUGAAACCGAAGUCACGGAAGUCAAAGUGGAUUCUACAGCAUAUCUUGGGUCUUCCCAGAAGGAAGUCCUUAAUACAAAGCCUGACUACCAGAAAAUAGUCCAGAGUCAGAGCCACGUCUUUGCCUGUAUGGAGUUAGUGAUGGACGAGCUGCAAGGAUCCGUGAAGCAGCUGCAAGCCUUUAUGGAUGAAAGUACCCAGUUCCUCCAGAAGGUGUCAGUACAGCUCAAGAAGAGAAGCAUGGAGCAAUUAGACUCUUCACCUGCUCGGAAGCUGCUCAAGCUCCACCUACAGCGCUCCUCUAGCACACAGUGAGCAGGGCCUUAUUGGAGUCUUACCUG